UAGCACCUCGGAUCGAACAACCCUUCUGCAAAUCUCUCUUCUCUCUCUCUCUCCGUUGACCGUCGCGAGGAUGGAGAGCCUCUGGCGAGCGGCGACUUUCCAAGCGCCGGACCCCGACGACUACGCCGGAGUCGAGUUCUGGGCCGAGCCGGAGCGCGCGGGCUGGCUCAGCAAGCAAGGCGACUACAUCAAGACGUGGCGCCGCCGCUGGUUCGUGCUCAAGCAGGGGAAGCUCCUCUGGUUCAAGGACCCCAGCGUCACCCGCCUCUCCGAGCCGCGCGGCGUCGUCUCCGUCGGCCGCUGCCUCACCGUCAAGGGCGCCGAGGACGUCCUCAACAAGCCCUUCGCCUUCGAGGUCUCCACCAAUCAGGACACCAUGUUCUUCAUCGCCGAUUCGGAGAAGGAGAAGGAGGAGUGGAUCAACUCGAUCGGCCGGUCGAUCGUGCAGCACUCGCGGUCGGUGACCGAAUCGGAGGUAGUUGACUACGAUAGCAAGCGGUAGUGCCUGUGCUCGUUCCAUUCCCCGCCCGCCGCCCUUUGCUUUGUACAUUAGGUAUACGUUUAUGCGAUCCGUUUCAGGAAUGUGUGUGUUUAUAGCCGGUGGUUCUUGUUACUGACUGCUCUGUGCAGAAACCCGGAUUAUCAGGCGUACAAUGUAAGGUGUCGAUUUUGCAUGUCUUGUAUUGAUAUAUCGCAUUUUUUAUUGCUA